AUGGCACUGCACGAAUCAACGCGUAAUGAAUGCAACUUUGUUCAGACGUUAGCUCCUAUUAUCGAUGCAAAACCUCUUUUUGACACGAAACAACGGUCACUUCGCCCAACGUGGAUUGUAUAUUCAUCCGCGGCCAUUGCAGUGCUCCAAGCUUUUCAUUAUGGAUGGUCUACUUCACAAGUUAACCUCAACACUUUCAGUAGCGUUGAAACUUGCAAUGCACGACCUGUUAAAGAAGGCACGUGUCUGAUGUUUCCUGGACAUUCCAAGACGACAUGGACAUUGCUCGUUAAUGCUUGGAUCGUUGGUGGAAUGUGUGGUAGUCUGCUAUCGGGCUUCCCAUCAAAUAAGUGGGGGCGCCGCACGACGUUACGCUUCAACGGAAUCAUCAUGACCCUCGGGUCUAUCAUUCAAGUCCUUUCAACCACUCCAGCUUGGUUCACGGUGGGCCGUUUUGUGACGGGUAUAGCAAACGGUUUGGCCGCUGCCGUAGUCAAUACGUUCCUAAACGAGAUCUCAACGCCACAUAAUCGCCAUGCACUUGGUACAAACACGCACUUGGCUGUGACGUUGGGUGUCAUUGGAGUAGCAUCGACAUUCUGGUACUGGAAUACAGCUUCUGGUUUUCGUUGGAUCGCUGGCAUGCCGAUCUCCUUUGCUGGCGCAUCCGUUUUCCUGUCUUACUUCUUCAUGGUCGAAAGUCCCGUCUGGCUGGUUGCGAAUGGUCAAAUUGAAGAAGCUGAGAAAGAACUUGGACGUCUCUAUGGUAAAGAUAAUGUCAGUACGUUAAUGGGAUGGAUCCAAGGAAGUGAUUACCGAUCCAAGCUACCGUCAAUCAUAAGUGGUGCGUUUGAAAAGGCCCAUGUGGAAACAAAUUGGACUAUCCUGACCAACAAGAAGUUUCGCAAGCCUUUGAUCAUCGCACUAGGCUUGACGUGUGCCAACCAACUGGGAGGUAUCAAUGCUGUCUUCCUCUACUCUUCCUCCAUUUUAAAAAACGCUGGCAUUUCAGAUUCACGACUGGGUAUCAUGAUCAUUGAUGUCCUGAAUGUUAUUCCCGUCCCUAUUUCCGCUGUACUGAGUCACGUCAUGCGCAAGCGCACCAUGCUAAUUUCCGGUAUAUCCAUGAUGUCGCUGUGCUGUAUCGGCAUAACUGUUUCGCUAGUAUACAGUGUGGGAUGGUUGUCCAUUGCGUUCCUCGGGCUAUUUGUGGUGAGCUAUACUUUGAGCAUUGGCGCAUUGCUGUCACCAAUUGUAGCAGAGCUUUUUUCCGAUUCUGCUCGUGGUGCCGCUGUUGGUAUCGUUAUUACGGUAAAAUGGGCCAGCACACUUGUUGUGGGCAUCACGUUCCCCUACGUCCAGGACGCAACCACAACCUAUAGCUUCAUACCGUUUCUCUGUACAACGUCACUUUCUGUCAUCUUCAUCUACUUUAUGGUGCCAGAGACAUCGGACAAGACGAUUGCAGAGAUUCAGGAAGAGUUCUGUAGCAAUCGUAGUAUGCAGUUAUCACACAAGAGUCAAAUUCUGUAG